AUUCCACCAAAAUGGCCGCCCCAAAGCUCAACCCAGCAUUUACUCUACGCGUCUACAUAUCCAAAGACACAGCCCUCAACCUCAACACCGUCAAAUCCGGUCCGUCACGGAUAAUAUCCCCCCUUACGCACGGCUUCCUCGAAGGCCCAGGACUGAAAGCUGACAUCCUCCCCGGCGGCUCUGAUUGGAUUCUCCACAACCCAACCACAAACACAAUCCACAUCGACGUCCGCACCCAAGCGCGCACCCCCGACGGCCACGGCUUCUACAUCCACUACGACGGGAUCCUGAAGCUCGACGAAGCAGGUGAAAAGGUGCUAGGCUGGAAGGAGGGCGCGCAGCCGACGCAGUUUGGUGAUACCGAGUGGUUUAAUAGUCCGAUUCUGGAGACGAGUCAUCCGGAGUACAAGUGGGUUGAGGAGGCGUGGUUUUUGGGCCAGGGGAGGUGGGUUGUUGAUGAGGAGGGGAGGGCGGUUGAGUAUAGGGUUUUUUUGGGUGGGGAAUUAGGUCUUCAUUUGGUUGUUUAUUGGGGGAUGGGUAUGGGUGAUUUGGAUCUGGCGGGGUGA